CACUUCCAGUCCCAGAGUAUUUUUUGAAAGACAGUGAAGAUCUCGUUCAGUCGUUGUGACUUUUGGUCCCAAUGAUUUACCUGCUGAUUAUCCUGAGAGGCCUGAAUUGAUAAUCGAUCUCUUUUGUCGUCGCGGCGGUGAGUGAUAUAGCAGUUGCCAAGAUAAUGGCUGCGAAAACUAUUCUGCAACGUGGAGUUCUGUUCAGCCGUGCUGCGGUGCGCCAGCAGCUGCCUGCAGGCUUCAGUCCGGCUACACUGCAGCUCGACGGCGGCAGGCCGAAGCCACUGGAGCUGGAGAGUGUUGAAGCGGUAAUGCCACGCUAUCAAUACUCUACACCACCAUUCAUGCGGCAUGAGAUAGUGCAGUCAAGCUCAACAUCGAGCACAACACGCUAUGCUGGAGCUCACCCCAACCCACAGAAAUUGGCCACCAAGGCUGCGCUCUAUGGAUUUGUAAUUGCUUUUUCCGGAUGCUUAGCGCUGCUUGGUCUUGGAUCGCUGCUUGGUCUGGGAAGAAGACGUCGCUCUAGCCACUCUGAGGCCCCAAUCACAAACACUGCCCAAGAUGCUGCUGCUACUGCUGCUGCUGGAGUUCAACCAAGCCCUGGCAAAUCAUAAGAACAGAGCCGUGUUUGUGUGAUAUGACUCUACUUCGAUGGAACUUGAUGACCCAUACCUGCUAUCCUGUCACGGUAAGGCUGUUUUGUAGAUUGUCUGCCACGGUGACAUACUCCGCUCCGAUGUCAGUGUAUGCGUUUUGCUUCUGGACCGGCUGUGCAUCGGUGGUGUUUCUCUCAAUCAGACGGCUUCCUUUGGAUCAGACUUACUUUCACAGCAACCUUGGUCGUUGAUCUGUAGGAGUGUUUGAUGUGACUCCAUGAUGAUGAUGAACAAACGUUACUCUGGCGGCAUCGGCAAGCAGGUUUGCUUCUGCUGUACAUGAAUGGAGUCAGUGGCUUUCAAGAUUGACAAAUGACGGAACUGUGCGUUGAAGCGCAAUUGUCCUGGGCGCCGUGAUCAACACGAGCUGUCGAUAUGGAGCCGUGUUCUACACGCCAGCAGUUCAUCUUGACCGGUAGUAUUUAUUAUCUACUGUAGCAAUCUCUUCCCGAGUGUUUACAAUACCUUUUUCAAUAUUUUCCAAGUGUGUCAGUCCCUGUGCAUGCCCUACUGGCAGUUGCAUGGCAUCCAUCUUGCCAGGCAGAGUAGGUUUGUCUCUAACUCUCAGCCUGACAACUCACUGCAAUGAUGAUGACGGCUUUAUCUCGAAAGGCUAGCUUGGUUUUCUCAAGACAACAGAUUUCGAAUCGAAUAAUGUGCCUGUGACACUAAUGCUC